AACGUUCAUUCCAACUUUCUAAAAAUGUCGUAAUGAGUGGAAAAGUGUGACGCCGCCGUUUGUACGCUUUGAAGCGUUCGACGCUAUUAAAAACGAAAGUGUACAUCAAUUUUUGUUUCUAUCAACAGAGCCCUAAAUUCAUUUACAAAAAUAAAAUAGUUGUGUUUAUGUCGUAAACAAUACAUAUAUUGCGAAGUUCAUUAUUGAAAUGAGCUCAUGUCAUCUCUACAACUAACCGUAUUGGACUAAUAAAGACAACUUAACCAAAUACAUAUUUAAUUAAACAACGCGAAUAGCUAUUGUAUGGCUGUUCGCUAAAUGGAUGUUUUGAACCUGUAAUAAAAUAAAUAAUAAUUGCGUAGAAUUCUCGGACAAGUAAAAGAUGAGUGUUAUAAUUCGUUUGCAAAAUUUGCCGUGGUCGGCAAAUGCAUUGGAUAUACGGCAAUUUUUCAGAGGUCUCUCAAUACCGGAUGGAGGUGUUCACAUUGUUGGUGGUGAAAUGGGCGAUGCUUUUAUCGCAUUCAGCACCGACGAAGAUGCCCGUCAAGCAAUGAUGCAUGAUCGUGAAAAAAUCAAUGAGGUUCAAGUACGUCUAUUGCUUUCGUCGCGAGCUGAAAUGCAAAAAGUGAUCGAAACUGCACGCCAGCAAUCUCUCCAAGCCCUCAAAAAUGCUGGUGCCGUACCAGCUAUCAAAGCAUCGACCUUGUCCAAUCCGCAACCACCGGUCAUUACUCCAAAUAGUCUACAUAAUAUACUUUCGAGUGCAGCACCAUCAUUUUUGGCAUAUCAGAAACAAGCUGGCAUCACACUUGUGGAAACGCCAAAUGAGCCCAACAUUAAUGAAUCCGUGAGUACACAUCGUAGUAGCGUUGAAAAAACUCGCGAUCGCCGCCGUUCUACAUCACGAGAUCGUCGUCGAUCGCGUUCACGUGACCAAAUCGAACGUAAUGAUCGUAACGGUUCACGUCGUGGUCGACGUGAUAGAAGUCGCUCUCGAUCGCGAGAUCGCGAUUGGAAGAGUCGACGAUCUAGCCGACGUUCAAGAAGCCCAGAUCGUGGUCAUGACAAAAAUAGAGAUCGCAGUCCAGAUCGUAGUCGAAACUCUAGCAGAAGCAAUAUAAAUAGCAGAGAACGAGAAAGUGGAAAUACCCAAUCUAACAAAUCCACCACAGAUUUACUCGGUACCAAAUCGCUUACUAAAAUAUUAGACACAAAUGAGAGUGCUAGCGCCAAAUUAGGCAGUAUUUCGCCUUGGGGUAUACCUGGCAUCAACUCGUAUCAAACAAACAAUUCAGACAACAUUGGGGGAACAUCUACCAAUAGUUCUACACCAUUUUCUAUCGCUGGCUCCAAUACCAGUAAUAUUUUAAACCCAUUUAGUGUGGGGACUGCCAUUCCGGGUUUACGAGGUUCGCAGUUGACGAAUUCAUACACCAGCAGCGUUGCCAAUAAAAGUCCUGACUCUCAGUCUAACACGAGCGCCGUGAAUAUACCAGCAGGCAGCGUCAUGCCACCAUUCCAGAGCUACUCCUCUUCGGUUGCGGCCCCCAAUAAUUACAGUAUAAAUUUUUUUAACUCUAAUUCGAACAGUAGUGACUCACCUAAGACCUUUGCAUUGCAAAAUCCCUAUACGACGGCGAUACAACAGGCCACAUUGAAUACGAACUCAACAGAUUCAACUAGCGCUGUAAAGCGCAGCCCCACUCAACAGAACACUAGCACAAUGUUCCCUGGCCUUAGCUUGAUUGAUAAGAAGCCGGAUGUAUCUUUCGCACAAGGUAAUCCAACAGCAACAUCGACGUCUAAUUUCUCGUCAGUGAGUCAAUUGUCACAAGAGCCCAUCGCAUUCGCCAAUACCAAUCCUUAUGCCCAAAUGUAUCCGAAUCUCUUCGCACAGGCCGCUGCAGCCAGUGUUGCCAAGCCAAGCAACAUCUCACAGAAAUCAACAGAGCCGGAAACACAACGUUCUAAAGAGCCAGUAAAAGGGAGUUGCUGUAUCAAGGUUAGCGACAUGUGUGGAAGUACCACAUACAGUGAUGUGCGUAAAUUCUUCAUGGGUCUCUUCAUCCCACACAACGGAAUUAAAAUGGUAAACGAUAAGCACGGAUUGCGGAUCGGCGUUGCGUAUAUAAAAUUUUCACGAGUAUCCAGUGUACAUAAAGCGUUAAUGCGUAAUAAUUCCACGCUUAAGUCGAAAGCUGUCAAAGUAGAGAUGGUAACUGAUGAGGAAUUCGAGGAGGUGGAGGACAGUUAUCGCCCCCAGGGACGAUUUGACCGUAACAAUGAUCGUGGAGACCGCAAUUAUUCAGAUAAUCGCGGUGAUUAUGAUCGUAAUGAUGAUGAUAACGAUGAUACGAAUAGUCGUGGUGACCGAGUGUCGAACUCCGACAUUGAAUUCAAAUCGGAACCUUUUACUGUACUCUAUAUUGAAGAUAUACCCUCAUCGGCGGUUGAGCACGAUCUUAUGCGCAUGUUCUCCUCUUACACCAUUUUCGAUAUUUUAUUAACACCUAGUCGUGAAAAUCGCCGAGAAUUCAAAGGGCAUGUGCUUUUCUCACGUGCCGAAGAAGCGAAAGCAGCUUUGGAGGACAAAUCACGGCAUAUGAUUGGCUACCGCAAAGUGCGUGUACGCCCAGCGACGGUCGAUGAAAUGGAAAGAGAAAAAGAGAAACUACGUUUGGCUAACGAGCAAUUGAUGAAAGAAGAAGAAGCACUCGCUGAAGCGGAGAGAUUGAAAGAAGAACAAAAUCAAGCUGAAGAUGAUAUGGAUGUAGCGGAUGACACGAGCAGCCUAGCAUGCACCGAUGUUAAUAAUGACAUACAAUUAGACGAAAAAACUGAACGUAAUAGCUCAAUCGAUUCUAAAAAUACUAAUAUACCUAGUCUUUUCGAUAUUGGUUCAAUGAGGGGUGACGAUAAUAUGUCAAGAGGUGGUAAUACACCAAGUGAUCCCCGUCUGCGUCGACAGAAGCCAAGCCGCUUUGAACCUUUGAAGCCCACGGACGAGAUGAACCUGAACAUGAAUAUCGGCAACAAUAUGGGUAUGAAUAGUAAUAUGAGUCAAAAUAGCAAUAUGAGUAUGAGCAGCAACAGGGGUAUGAGCAGCAACAUGGAUAUGAGCAGCAAUAGAGGUAUGAGCAGCAACAUGGAUAUGAGCAGCAACAUGGGUGUGAGCAACAACAUGGGAAUGAACAACAACAUGGGUAUGAACAACAAUAACAUGGGCAUGAACAUGAAUAAUGGUGGAAAUUUCAUGGCGCCGAUGAUGAAUAACAACAAUAGAAACAUGAACAGCAACAAUAUGAUGAACAACUCAAAUGGGAUGAAUAAUUUCAUAAUUAUGAAAAACUGUGAUUAUAAUACACGUAUGAAUGACAUAGCUGAUCUCUUGCAGGGCGCAUUUUUGCGUCUCAAACACAUUGAACCGUUACGCGGUGAACGCAAUAUGCCGACCGGAGAAUUCAUUGUCGAAUUCCAAGAUUCUCGUGAUGCAGAAACCGCCUUACAUCAAUUCAACAACACCACAUUUCGUCAACGAAAACUUCGUAUACGACCGAUCAUGCCACAGGAGAUCGCUGACAAAAUUGGAAAGCCCUUCAUGAAUUGUUACCCUGGUGGUGGUGGUGGCGGCGUGACAGAUGGCCGACCAUUCGACAGGAAUCCAUUUCAGGGAAAUAAUAAUGACGGACCACCGAUAAUGAAUAUGGGCGGUGGCUCUGGUGGACGCUACGGCAAUAACAACAUGAACAACGACAACAAUAAUGGCCGCGGCGGUAUGGGAGGUAAUAGUAAUGGCGGUGGAUCAAUGAUGAAUCGCGGUGGUCGCGGUGAUCGCGGUCACAACGGUGGCUAUCGAAGUGAUCAUUCAAGUGGCGGAAUGCGCAAUCGUGGCAGUCGCAGUAACAACAGCGCUUCAAGUCACGAUGGCCACAAUUCGGACCAGGAUGACGAAAUACAAAUAAUUGAUGACAGCAGCAACGAUGUUGUUAUUAGUGGCGAUAGUAGACCUAACCGUGGUGACGGAGAUAGCAGUGGCAUACCGGAAAAAUUCACACGCCCCGGCUGCGUGAUAGCCAUGGAAAAUGUGCCCUACAAGGCCGAGCUAAUAGACAUAUUGAAGUUUUUCGCUGGUUAUGAUUUGACUCCAGACGAUAUUAUAAGACGUUUCAAUGACGAUGGCACACCGACGGGCGACGCACGUGUGGCGUUUGAAACGCCAUCGAUGGCACGUUCGGCCUACAAUUCACGGCGAAGAAAACAGAUUUUCAAUCGCACCAUACGCUUGUCAUUGCUGUAGGACAUGGAGUUCUGAUUUCCGAAGGGUGGCUGUAAAUAUGGGGUAGAUUACGUUUAGGUUUACGCAUACACAUAUGUACAUACUUAACCUAUGUACACUAAAUUAUAAUUUUAAGGUUUGCUUCAUACCAUAUUCAAUAUUUGUAUUUUGUAAAUACGAGACAACAUCAUAAUAAUGAGAAGUUAAGUACCACGAUUGGAUCGGUGGUAUGCUAAUAUUUUGUACACAAACAUACAUACAUACAUACUAACUUAUGUUAAAAUUAAUUUUUAUUUAACGUAAAUAAUAUAUAAUUCAAAUAUGAGUAGUUUAUGGAUAAAUAUAAAAUUGUUUUUCUUAAACGCA